AUGGCAAAGCAUAUGCUCGGCCUGACAAACAAUGUUGAUGUUGACUUGUCCGUGAAGCGCUGCCCGCCAUCACAAGCCCGAGUUCCUGCUGCCGAUCUCGACAAAUACAUCGACAAGCCUGGACUUGCACGCGCAAAUCUAGCAGUAUCAACUGAUGUUCCUCAUGGCUCGACGGCUAAUGGAUAUGCCUCCAAGUACAAAGACUACACCGUCCUCCAGCAGCACGUCCUCUUUUGGGAUCGAGAUGGCGACGGAGUAAUAUGGCCGCAUGACACAUACAUCGGGUUUCGCGAACUCGGGUUCAGUAUAUUGUUUUCAUUCCUGUCAGUCCUCAUCGUCAAUGGCAACUUCUCUUACCCUACGCGGCUUGCGCACUCCUACAUCCCAGAUCCCUUCUUUAGGGUAUACGUGGACAGCAUACACAAAGCAAAGCACGGCUCCGACAGCGGUACCUACGAUCCAGAAGGACGUUUUAUCCCUCAACUUUUCGAGAACCUUUUCGCCAAAUGGGACAAGGAUAAUGACGGAGCGCUGGGACUGGGUGAGCUGUUCAGUAUGAUGAAGGGUCACAGGUGUGCAGCAGACCCUUUUGGCUGGGGUGCCAGCUUCUUCGAAUGGGGCACAACAUGGCUUCUCCUACAGAAGGAUGGUAAGGUCUACAAGGAGGACCUCCGUCAACUCUAUGAUGGUUCGCUUUUCUGGCGCAUCAGAGAGCAGAGACAGGGCGGCAAAGGAUGGAAUCAGGGGUUCGGUCUCGGAGGAGACUGGUUCAUCGGCGGUACAAAGAUAUAA